AAAAAAAAAAAAUAAGAAUUCAUGACCGAAAAAGCUUUAAAAAUGUGUGUUGGCUGCAGGUAUAUAAAGCGUUCGUGCUGUUCAGUUAGAUAUCCGCAGUCUUACUUUGCCUCAUCCAACAUGAAGACUUCUCUUGUGGUUCUUGUCUUGAGUGCCGUUGUGGCCGCUGUUAUUGCCGAUGGUGAAUACGCGCCUCCAGCGUACGAGAAGAAAUACGACGGUUAUUUCCAAUAUGCCAAUGUUCCCGGUAAAGACGAGUACGAGUUCGGAUACAACCGCGGAAAUUCCCAGCACAACCGUAACCACUACGAGCAGUCCAAGGAUCACCGUUUCCGCACCAAGGUCAAGUGGAAUGAUGCCUACAGUGGCAACGGAGAACAUUACUGGGAAUACAACCAUGGUGAUGCCGGUUAUGCUGCUCCCGCCUACGCACCCGCUGCCGCCUACUCCGACAAUGUUCCCGUCUACCAGCCCGCUCCAGCCCAACUUUAAACGCAUCAAAUCCCCAUGAAAGCCUAUUGUUGAAAAGCCCAUUUCUUUGAGAGAAAAAUAUUGUUAUUAAUAAAUUUUGUUGUUAUUCAUUAA